UACGUUGCAGAGAUGUGUUCUCCAGUAUUCUGAUGGGGGGAAUAUGAAUUCGUUUCAUUUGUGUUCCCUCCUCAUUCAAUUGAAGAGAUUUAUUUCGCAGAGCUCUGGCUCAUUUCGGUUCGGUUUUGGCUUCAGUUGCGAUCGGUUCGAGUGCCGUUGCAGUUGGAAAAUCGGAGGAAACACCGACAGAGAAACGGGAAAUAUAUACGAUCGAUCGGUCAAUAUCACUAAAUAAUUAUUGUUAAUAAUAAUUAGAAAUACCGCGCUGUGUAAACACAUUCGGAACGAGAGGCAGAAGAGUGCGGCAGAGUCAAGUGUGCAGCAGUUUCUACUUCUGUUUUCUAGUGCCUAAGUGCCAUAUAAAUACGUACUAAAAACAUUUCAAGAAUUUUAAGUGGAAACAUUCUCGAAUUCUAUGAACUUUCUCAAUUGUGGUUUUUGGUGAAACAUUUACAAUUUAAACGAAGGCGAGAAAGAAAAAUUCCAACGCAGAGACAAUAUUAUUGGGGAUAUUGGGGACUAUUUGGCAAGAAGCUUUUCUGUUUUGCAGCAACACAAGUUGUGAGGUGUUGCAGUCACAUCAAACACGAUCCAGAGGAAUCCACCCUCCAGAAGCUGUUGAAUGAUCUAUGGAACCUGCGAUCAUCCACGCCCACGAGUGGAGCUCUUUUUGGUGACAAGAUAUGGCUGCCAUAAAUCCAUCAACUCACUGAGUAAAUCACACACACCGACCGACCGACCGACCGCCCCCAAUAAUUAUAAAAGCCGGGCGGCAUUGUUUUUUUUCUUCGAGGGGAAAGUAUUUCCGUUACACCAACAAGAUAUAGGUGAUCAUCAAGAGGAUCAUCCUAAACAUCAUCAUAAACAGCAUCCGAUUGCAAUCGCAGGGGAGUGGAGUGGCGUGGAGUGGAGGAUCACUUCAAAGGCGCACACAUGUUGCACUAAAGAGGCAACUGUUGUUCUUGUUGUUUCUAUUAUAAAUUAGAAACUAGAAGAUCACCACCAACGGUCUUCUUCCGGCGUAAGCGAAAAAGGGAGAUAGAUCAGUCUAUAUAGAAAGCGAGAGAGCGGAGUACUCUAAAGUGGAUUUCCGGUGAAUAAAAAACCAACAGCACAUGCGACAAACUCCGACAAGGGAGUUGCAGUUGCAGUUCAAGUUGCAGUUGUUGCCAUUGUGGCACUUUUGAGGGUGCUGCCUGCCUGACUGCGCCUGCCUGGCAAGAGUUAUAAAAAUAAAUAUAUCCUAAAAAUGGCUGCUGCCUGGAGUUGGCGAGCCAGUCACUCAACGAACACAAUGACGAACGGAUCACUGGGAACGUUCUUCGUUCUAUUGCUCCUCUUAAAUUGGCAAACGCAGUCGCAAGUUGAGGGAAGACGACAAAUGGCCAAUAGUACGGAGAUACUAAAGGAUUCUAGGGCAAAUAUUGGAUCUACGAAUAAUACCAAUCAAACGAAUCAAACAACAGCGGAUCUGGACGAUGGAGAUGCGGAUGAUGAUGAUAAAAAGGCCGUUUUGCCGGAAAGUGUAAUGUCAAAGCCAUAUUGGCGGUAUCCCAAGAGGAUGCGUUUUCUGGAGACGCGUCCUUCGGGCACUCUGCUCACCCUAGUUUGCCAUGCCCUUGGCAAUCCAGAACCGAAUAUUACAUGGUAUCGCAAUGAUACCGUUGACUGGAUUCGCGGCUAUGGAACCGUCAAACGGAAUCGCUGGUCCUUAACUAUGGAAGAUCUGGUGCCAGGUGACUGUGGCAAGUAUUCCUGCAAGGCUUGCAACUCAUUGGGUUGCGUACGCCACGAUACUCAGGUGAUCGUCUCCGAUCGGGUUAAUCACAGGCCCAUCUUGACAACGCCGCCCAAGAAUCUCUCACUUGUUAUCAAUGAAAAUGGCACCAUGAAGUGUGAAUAUCUAUCGGAUUUGACCAGUACGAAAGCCUGGAUGUUUGUGCCCUGCAAGGGAAUACACAAUUGUUCCAAUACCCGGAGAAUCGUAGCCGAAGAACUGGAUCAGUUGGAUUUCGUGAAUGUAACGAUGGACCAAGAGGGCUGGUACACCUGCGUCGAAAGCAAUAGUUUGGGCCAUUCCAAUAGCUCGGCCUAUCUGGAGGUGUUGCGAACUAAACAUGUUCCGGAGAUCAAUGUGGCCAGUGGACCCCUUCAUUCCAAUUACUUCGUGUACAUCUUUGUCUUUUGCGGUAUUAUUUUCAUCAUCAUGACCAUGCUGUUUGUCUUCUACGCCUUACGUAAGAUGAAACAUGAAAAGGUGCUGAAACAAAGGAUAGAAACGGUUCACCAGUGGACGAAAAAAGUGAUCAUUUUCAAACCUGAAGGUGGCGGAGAUUCCAGUGGUUCUAUGGACACCAUGAUCAUGCCGGUGGUUAGGAUACAAAAACAACGAACCACUGUCCUCCAAAAUGGCAAUGAACCGGCUCCCUUUAAUGAGUAUGAAUUUCCAUUGGAUUCCAAUUGGGAGCUGCCAAGGAAUCAUUUGGUACUCGGAGCCACUUUGGGUGAAGGUGCCUUUGGUCGUGUGGUCAUGGCGGAGGUUAAUAAUGCCAUUGUGGCUGUAAAAAUGGUUAAGGAAGGACACACGGAUGACGACAUUGCCAGUCUGGUGCGGGAAAUGGAAGUCAUGAAGAUCAUUGGUCGGCACAUCAAUAUUAUUAACCUAUUGGGCUGCUGCAGUCAAAGUGGUCCACUCUAUGUGAUCGUUGAGUACGCACCCCAUGGAAAUCUCAAGGACUUCUUGUACAAGAAUCGUCCUUUUGGAAGGGAUUUGGAUAGGGACAGUUCACAACCCCCUCCAUCACCACCAGCUUAUAUGAUUACCGAAAAGGAUCUGAUCAAGUUCGCCCAUCAAAUUGCCAGGGGAAUGGAUUACUUAGCCUCAAGGCGAUGUAUCCAUAGAGAUUUGGCUGCCAGAAAUGUCCUGGUUAGCGAUGACUUGGUCUUAAAGAUUGCCGACUUUGGCUUAGCUAGGGAUAUCCAGAGCACAGAUUACUACAGAAAGAACACGAAUGGUAGGCUACCCAUCAAAUGGAUGGCACCGGAAUCUCUGCAAGAGAAAUUCUACGAUUCCAAGAGCGAUGUCUGGUCAUACGGCAUUCUGCUGUGGGAGAUCAUGACAUAUGGCCAACAACCGUAUCCGACUAUCAUGUCCGCGGAGGAGCUCUACACAUAUCUGAUGUCCGGUCAGCGGAUGGAGAAGCCAGCAAAGUGCUCGAUGAACAUUUACAUUCUGAUGCGACAAUGUUGGCACUUCAACGCAGACGAUCGGCCACCUUUCACGGAGAUCGUAGAGUAUAUGGACAAGCUGCUUCAGACGAAGGAGGAUUAUCUGGAUGUGGAUAUAGCCAAUCUGGAUACACCGCCAUCGACAAGCGACGAGGAGGAAGAGGAAACGGACCAUCUGCAAAAGUGGUGUAGUUACUAGAUAAAACUUCUAUAAUCUGGAAAUUUCCAAAAAAAAAAAGAUCAAAGAAUUUAAACGUCAACUUGAGAUUAUUUAAAUAGGUUUCAAAUUUGUUUUAAUCCCAUCAACAUCUUUGAAAGAUCUAAGGUUUCUCUGAAAGUAUAUUAUAGUAUAAAUCCUUCGAAUAUCUAUCUGAAAUCGAAUUUAUGUACAUAUAUAGCUUCUAGUUUAGUCCGUAUAUCUUUUGAAAACUUUACCAAAAUUGCACCAAAGGCGUAAAACCAAAAAUUAGCAACCACUCGAAUUUAUCUCUAGUUUAGAUAUUAAUUUUAAUAUAUAUAUUACGAAACAUAUCUUAGAGCUUAUUUAUCUUUAAGUUAUGCUUAAAACUCGGUUGUAUUUCUGUUGUAUUUCUUAUUGUACUGAUCUUUGUAGUAUUCGCAGUUUUAUACUCGCUAUUAAACACGUAAGCACAUCGAUGUUUUAUCUUAGAGUUAGUUGCAUGCCCGCAGUGCCUUAUGAAACAAUAAAUGUUGUACACGAACAUAACUGAAAAACAAAGUAAAAGAAAAAAACAAAUUAUAAACCUA